AGGAAAGAUCGUUCCGGGCUUAAUAUCACCGGAUUCGAAUAAGUCGCACCAUCAUCGGUAAUUGUUUACGAUCCAACUUCCGCGCCGUUUCCUCCGCAAGAUUCGCAUAAAUCAGUGCUGCACAAGACGGGUCUUAAGAUUGAGACGUGAUGUUUUUUGGCGAAUAUUUUCUCAGUUGUGUUAAUUAGAGGAUCUGUGGUGAUGUGCUCUAUAAAUCAAGUUGUGACAUGUGCGAUUGAUUCUGAUUAGGGAACUAAUGCAGGUGGGCACGGGGAUAAAGUCCGGAAACGUGUAACUAUCGGCUUCACAACGGCAGACAACCAUAUGAAAAUCAACUAGAAUCAAGUGGCAAUUAAACGGCCGCCGCCAUGUUGGCCGAUUAUUGGCGUCUCCUCCUUCUGCUAUGGAUUCCCCCCAUUCUCUUAGCCACUUCAAUGGAAAUAAAACGAAGAGACCUGCAGAAAUACUCGGACUGGCGCCAGCUGUGGUACCCCAAUUUUGAAGACUUCAGCAGGGCAGAGGCGAUGGCGGGGGCUGAAAACAACACCAUUACCAACGUAACGGUACAACUGGGAGCCACGGCGUAUCUCCAUUGCCAUGUGAGAAGUACAGGAGAUAGGACACUCGCUGGAGCCGAGCAAGUGUCGUGGGUCAGGAGGAGAGAUUGGCACAUCCUUUCUUCAGGACUGUUUACCUACACAAACGACGAGAGAUUUCAAAUUCUGCACGCGGAAGGUUCAGACGAUUGGACUCUUCAAAUUAAGUUCGUCCAGAAGAGGGAUAAUGGAACAUACGAAUGCCAAGUCUCCACAAACGCAGGAUUAAUUUCGCAUUUCGUCAACUUGCAAAUUGUCGUGCCGGAGGCCACAAUACAAGGUACAAGAUCGGGAGAACAUCACGUGGAUGUUGGCAGUGUCAUAGAUUUGGUCUGCGUUAUAGAAAAGAGCCCUACUCCCCCUCAAUACGUCUUCUGGUACCACAAUGAACACAUGAUCAAUUACGACACGGCUAGGGGUGGGAUAUCGGUGGAGACGGUGCCGGGGAUCCGCACACAAAGCCGCCUCACCAUAAGGGACACAAACGACGCCGAUUCAGGAAAUUACACUUGCUCGGCUUCAAACACCGAGCCUGCUUCCAUCUAUGUCUUCGUAUCCGAAGGUGACAAUGUGGAUGCAAUUUUAAUGAGGAAAUCGUGCGCUAUGUGCGUCGCCAGCCAACUAGUUCUCCUCCUCGUAGCUUCGGUCGCGGCCGCAAUGCGAUAGAAGCAGAAAGGAUGAAGUUACGGACACUUCGGUGACAAGUGAUAGUGCAUAAGUGAUAAACAGGCGACCACUAAAGACCACGUUUUGAAGAUUUUUCUUUAGAUUUAAUUAAUAUUAAUGAUAAUUGACGUAAAUGUAAAACUGUAAAAAGGUAUCAGUAUUUGAAAAUGUUAUAGUAAGAGAGAUCGAAACCUUGACUAGUGUCCCAUAAAUAUUCGAACGAUUUUGGAAUAUUUGUGAUGUGAUUCUAUCGUCUACUGGUGACGCAAAAUAAAUUCAUUCAAAUAUUUUCAAUUUAAAUUUAGUGUCUAUGAAAUUUUCAUAUUCCAUAAUGUGUACAAACACAUGCAAUUAAUCUCUUGCACUUAUUCAAUCUGUACAUACUCAGUUAUUUCGUUGUUAAAUAUUGUAAUAUAUAAAAUUAUUUACUGUCGUUGUUACUUGAGCCAAAACCUCCGAAUUAACCAAAUUCCAUUUCUAUUAAAUAUUUUGCAAUAGCAAAACUGCCAAAUCAUUUCGAUUUAUAUGAGCUUGUAACUAGCGCUUCGUCGGUGGUAAAAGUAAGAAAUGUAUCCAAGCUGCAUAAAUUUCUCACUUUUACUCGAACUUACUUUCAUAUCCUUUUGUUUAUUUAUACUCAACGUUGUAAAUAUUUAUCUCAUCAUAAUUGUAAGAUAAUAUAAAAAAAAUAUUAGCUCAUAGUUCAUUUGUUAUAUUAUUUCUUGGAUGAAUGUCAGACUAAUUCCAAUUAAAAUCAAAACCGUAAUUAACCGUUAUGUUAAAUCCAUUACCACCUACAUGUUAGAACAUUUUUCGCGUUACUCACUUCAGUUUUGUAUCGCAAUCACCCUGUUACUGUCAUGAUAAUAUACAACAUGCCAUGUAAUAUUAAGUAAAUUUACCACAUGUAUUCGUUAUAGUACGUUAUUCUUUUAUUUUCUGAACACAAAUAAAUCAAUUGAACACA